AUGUCGGACGCAGCCUUAGCGGCAUGGGAUCGAAACUACCGCAGUCGGCAACUGGAACUGACACGAAAUGAUCCUGAGCCGUUUCGCCCAGGGAGACGACUAGGAGGCGGUGGCAUUGGCAUUGUUCACGAGACAAAACUCGACGGAAUAUCUUUGGCCUUGAAGCGAACGUAUGCCAGGAAACUUACGGACCAUCAACUCAACGAGAUCAAGAUCCUGAGCCAGAUAUCGAAAAAACGACACAAGCACAUCGUAGAGCUCAUUGGAUCCUAUAUUCAUCGGCAAAAAGGCGUAUACGAACUGGGGCUUUUGAUAUGGCCUGUUGCAACAUGUGACAUAGCGACUUUCCUACACGCUAUUGGUUGCCUGGGUAUCAGCCUUUUUACGAUGACUCCUUCAGUAGAAAUUCGGGAAGAGGAACUGUAUGCCGCAGCUGAGACACUCGCAGCUCUUGUUGGAAUACCCUGGAUGACACCGACUAAUGACUGUGAUGGAAAAUGGUACUUGGAUCGCAUCCGCAUUUCUUCUUGGAAACGUCUAUACUCAAGUUUUGGGUGUACAGCCACAGCAGUAGCUUGGCUACAUGACCAGGGCAUUCGACACAAAGAUCUUAAACCUUCUCAGGUGCUGCUAUCUCCUCAUGGGUUGUGGUUGACCGAUUUCGGGUGGUCAAAGGACAUGUCGGAACUGACGGCCAGCACAACAAGUGGAGGUGACAACAUCACGUUGAAAUAUCAGGCACCUGAAAGAGCAGAGAGGCGACCUUGUGGACACCCAGAGGAUAUAUUCGCCCUUGGCUGUAUUUUUCUUGAAAUGAUGGAACUCUUCUUCUUUAUGACGAACAAUACUCCCUGGAAGGAGAAGGGCUGGUCAUUCCACGCAAAUAUUGGCCAAAUUGAGACUUGGCUGGAACAACCAGCCAUAGAUUUUUUGUAUCCAUCUCUGGCACCGCUCAUCAGACAAAUGGUCUCUUACGAGCCUCGAGAUCGUCCAAAGAUACAGGAAGUUGUUACAGCGUUGUCAGAAGUUACCGAAGGCAUGUCCUUUGGCGAAAGCUUUUUCGGAACAUGUUGUAAACCAGCUCGAGUACUUACGCAGUCAGACACGGCUAAAGCUUCUCCAGUCCAAGCGUCCAGUAACGGCUUGACACACAGAGAGGAACCUUUACGAUCCCCACGAGUUAUUGCUCCCCCCGAUGAUCAACGGAAAAGCAGCCGAUCGACCACUCAACUCCAGCCCUCAUCACUUCAGGACAUCGUAAUGGUGGAUCGUCACUACAAUGGCAGUGCUGCACGAUACUUCCCGACCUCGGACCAGGCGGAUCAACCUGUGGGCGCUGAGAUGAACGGGCAGCUGGACAUGGGCGACACUUAUGCUCCUAUUGUUGGACAAUCUACUGCUUAUCAUCCAUCUCAAUUAUUGGCACCUACUUACGGCCAGUAUAUCACAUUUUUCGAUGAUCCGAACGCUUCGAUACCCUUCCCUACAAACCAUGGGACAUGGGGAGAACAGUUUCAACUGUUCGAACCAAUUGAGGAAACCGACGAACACGAAGCAGGUUUAGAUCCAAUAUCAAGACCGCAACCGCACCCGUUUAUGUUCUAUAAUAUGGCUAUACCUACAGUCAGUCCUCUUCAUAAUACAACAACUGCCGACUUCGAGGAAACAUCGAUGGAUAUCGUUCAAUGUGAGCGUGAAGGUUGCACAGCACGGUAUACCGGAAUUUAUCGGAAAAGGAACCUUGCAAGACAUAUGAGAGAAAAGCACAUACUCUUGCCCAGAUAA